CGAAAGCCCAGCCGCCGCCGGUUCUCUCAGGCCCCCGGUGCUGCUGGCCUCGACCGAUUUUUCCUUGGCGCUCGUACUAUUCAAGAUCAGGGGAUACUGCGGCGAGCCGUACGGACGAGACGGUUACCGCCCGCUGCGCUGGAAGCUCGACCUCAGACCAAAAUGUCAACCGUCUUCCGUGUUUACAGUGCAACUAUGUUGAUACGUCUCCAACAUUAACACUCUACGGUGUUGCUUCAAGCAAUAGAAAUUCUACUGCAAGUGUCGUUCUAACAGUGUGUGCCACAAUGGUCCGGAUGAAAAGCUUCGACGAUGAAGACGGCAGUGGUGCUAACAGAGGCCCACCGAUGGGGCCACCCGCGAAUUCUGAGAGAAAUGUGUUGAAUACUCAAAGUUACCAACGCCAACAGCCACCAACAGAACAACCGAUUCCCGCACAGCCGUUCCGGCCACCUCAGAACUUUGUCGAGGGCUUCCUAACCAGCAUAAACCAAGACCUGCUCGUGUCCAAGACGUUCUACUUCUUUUUCUUCUCCGCGUUCGGCUCGCUCUUUCCGCUGCUGGCCGUCUACUUCAAGCAGAUGGGCAUGAACGCCACACAGAGUGGUCUGCUGAUAGGCAUCCGGCCCUUGGUCGAGUUCAUCAGCGCCCCCAUGUGGGGCGGAGUCGCUGACCGCUUCAAGAAGGGCAAGGCGAUCCUGCUCUGCUCGCUUGCCUGCUGGAUCAUAUUCACGCUUUCGCUGGCGUUCGUGCAGCCUCCCGCCGCCUCGUGCAUCGACUACAACGACACGCACCACGUCUUGUACUCCCCGGACACUGGCGGCAACGACCGCUACCGCCGGAGCGUGCCUAUGGUCCAGGAGGACCUCUGGAUGGACGUCGCCGCCGAAGAAGAGCAAUCAGUUCCGCAGCUCCUCGAUUCUUCACCGGAGCUGCGCAGUAAGAGGGGCCGCUCAAGCACCGAGGCACCGUCGCUGCCUCAGGUGGAAAAAGGGCGAAGUAAGGCCAAGCAGCUUCCCCCAAACUACGUAGUCGGCAAGUCGCCCAACACGGUCGAGUACACCCUCAACUACAACCAGGAGCGGCACACGUCCUACAUCUCGCCUCCCUUCAGCUCGAUCGUGUACAAGUAUGAAGACGUCCAGGAGGUCUUCUUCCUCCUCCUGCUGCUCAUCGUGCUCGGCGAGUACUUCAGCGCCCCGGCCAUCACGCUGGCCGACUCGGCGACGCUGUCUCACCUCGGAGAGGACACUGACAACUACGGUCGCCAACGCAUGUUCGGCUCACUCGGCUGGGGUGUUGCCAUGUUCUUCGUGGGUAUUGCGCUCGACCACUCGACCUCUUUUCCAAACCACCCAUGCGGCCCGUACGAAAAAGAGCGGAACUACACCAUCUGCUUCGCCACCUUCUCGGUGCUCAUGGGCUGCGCCUUCAUAUCGGCCACGCAGCUCAAGUUCGACUAUGAGCCUGACGUGGGUGCGCCAGCCGACAACAUCGUCAUGAAGCAGGUCGUGAUGAACAGCGACGCGAGCAAGCCCAUCACCAUCGAAGACAUCGCGCCGGGCAUACCGCAGGCCCGGCAACCCAAGCAGGAAGAGAAACAGCCGGAGACGACAAAGAGCACGGUGUUUGCUCAGACUACACGGAAGCUCCCGGAGUGGUUCGCUGUGCUGCGGUCAUUCGCGACGGUUCGCUACGGCGCCUUCCUGGUUGUGACGUGGUUCAUGGGCUUUGGCAUCGGUCUCGUGUUCACCUUCCUCUUCUGGCACCUGCAAGACCUGGGCGGCACGCCCACUCUCUUCGGUGUCGCCUCCGUCAUCAACCACGUGUCCGAGAUAUUCGCCUACUUCUUCAGCUUCCGCUUCAUCCGGCAGAUUGGACAUGUCAGGGUGCUUUGUAUUGGGCUCAUCGGCAACGUCUGUCGAUUCCUUUACAUCUCCUGGUUGAAGAACCCCUGGUGGGUGCUGCCCUUCGAAUUCAUUCAAGGAGUAACGCAUGCGGCUGUGUGGGCUGCUUGCUGCUCCUACAUCACCCAGGCGACGCCCGCCAACCUCAGGUCGUCGGCACAGGGUGUCCUGCAGGGACUUCAUCACGGACUCGGGCGCGGCUGCGGAGCCGUUAUUGGAGGAAUAUUUGUCAACUACUUCGGCACGCAGAUAACGUUCCGAGGCUACGGGUUCGCCUGCCUGCUGGUGCUCGUCGGGUUCGUGUUCGUCAACUACUACCGCAAGGAUCGGGGCUUCGUGGCCUUUCGCGACGACGAGGACGAGCCGCACCUCGUCGUCGAGGAGACCUCUCACCUGGCGCCCCACGGCGUUCCGGCCAACCCGAUGGCGCGUUCGCUCUCCAAGCAAAACCUCGGCGACGGCCAGCAGCCUGGCGGUGGCCAGCAGCAGCCACAACAGCCGAACGCUGGCGUAACCCAGGGGCCCGGUGGCUUCCUCGGCGUACCCGGAGGUGGAAACCAGGGAUCGCGAAACAGUAGUCAGCCAGAUCAGUGGGGAUACAGGACGAACGUUUUGAGCCAAGCCUACUCACCUGAGGAAAUGGGAAGAAGCUACGGCCGGACGUCCCUGGCGGCUGCCUUUAAUCCGAAAGGAAUCAUGGCCCAGGCUGUCAGCCCCGACAGCGCAUAUCAACUCGACCACAUCAGAAAGGACUUCGAGGCCUACAAGGACGUGACGGCACUGAGGGACUACGAUCAGGAUUCGGCAAAAGAAACCAACCCGUUCACGUCAUCUCUGGUGAAAACCUCGCCGUUCGCUCCGCAGCCGAGUCGGAGACAAGUCGCUGACGCCUAUGCGUGGUAGAGGCAACGUUAGCAUCAUAAAUAGCGGCGACGUCGAAAGCGAUGUGUCAACCCUGUUUUUAAAGUGGCAGUAGUCGAAUUAUUUUGUUUUACGCUCGGUCUGCAAAUUCUCUGAGAGCGAAGUACAGGACACCAAGAUGAAGGAAUACUGUAAGAGAGAACAAAACAUUUGAAGUUUGUUUUGCGAAAAUGUUACAAAACGUGCAAAUGUAGUCAUACGGUGUUCAAGUACAGACUACGGCGUACGUAUUUUGCACUUGGAGACAACGCAGUCCCAGCGCCGCAUACAGGGUGCUUUAUUUAUUUCUUCUACGCAAGUUGAGGUGAAUGAUACGGCCAUUGGACAAAUUUCCUUUCUGCACUCUCUUUAUUUGGAUUCUUGAACAGGUGCCACUACAACAGUGCUGCGAAGGUGCUGUUAUAGUGCACAUGAAAGUACGCUCUUUGUGAGAAAUGCUGAAUGAAUGGGAAUUCACUUACAGCCGCCUGUAUACUUAUGCAACCGCAUCAUAUCCUUGUUACGGCAAAUGCAUUACUUUCGCAGAGACAUGUCAUGUAUCUUCCGUCACACCUAGACGUGUAUGCAUUUUUGUUUACCAACCAUGCAACCAGCUUGAUCUAAAAGCACGGCGCUUACAUGAAUCGGCGGCAGGUGAAUGUUGGCGGCUGGUAUAAUAACAAUAAUGGUUUUACAUGACGGACUAGUUCAAUAAGCGUUGAAGAGAAUCUCGGUGACUGUUGCACGCGUUUAUGAAGUUGAACACUAUUGUCUUAUGCUGUACAAUUCAUACGUUUUAUUGUGUUCAGUUUAUAAGGCGAGGCACUAUUCAGUACUGAGGACUAACCUUUCCUUUCCCGUAUAUAUAAUAUUUGCUUACAUCUGUGAGAAAUUAAGCAGGCAAACGGCACUGUGUAGCUAAUUAUAUACACAUGUUUGAAAUUUCCGUUAAGUGUGCACAAGUCCAAAUGAUAAAACUGCAGAAAGAGAAUUUGUGUAGGGGCUAUAAUAGUGUUGUGUUAUGAGGUAAAUACAGAUCGGAGUGCCCUGUUAAUUACUGACCAAGUGCUUUAUAUGUUUAGUGCACUUAUUUCAUUUACUUUCAUCUAUUUUAGACAUAAAGGUUAUUUCCUUUUUAUUAUUGAUCGUUGACAAAUGUAACUGCAGACAAGAUAGCUCGAGAGAGUGGCGGUAAGCUGCAUUGUUUGUCGGGUGUGAUGUGUCUUCGCACAGUCGGUUUUGUGGAACGUGCGAUCACAUUCACAUAGUAUUUAGAAAAGUUAUUUUCUGUAACUGGCUUAGAUAUACCUACAAUUUAAUCGUGACCAAGAAUAAAGGGACUCGGAUGGAGAUACGGUCAUUGCAUCGACGUGGAUAGGCCCGUAAACGAGUUACGCUAAAUAAUAUUCGCAGAAAUUUUGUGCAAUGCAACCAUACAGCUCACACUGGCUAAUGUAAAAUGUGAAUACACUGGCUGCCACCUUGUGCGGCAUAGUCUUUCUGGACAUUUUGUGAAAUGUGUAUUCACUCUAGAGCAUCGUAUCUAAAAGUCAUAUCAAAAGCACAUGCUUGUCAUAGUAUUCAUUCCCUGCAACAUAUCUUAACAAAUAUGCUUCAUUCGAAUCUAUUCUAACGAACAUAUAUUAACAAGUAUGCUUCAGAAACUGACUGAAUUUAUAAGAUUUUGCAGCUUUCCAGAUAGUAUAUUCGCAAAAAUUUAUUCGAGGACUACCAAAUAGAAAUCCGGGUUUACAUCACUUCUUGCGUGACCAUUUCCCUUAAUUCAUAAUAUGGUUUAUGUGGGGGUAGUGUAACUAUCCGAAGACAACACUUUGAAUUAGCUGGGACAAAUACUUGACAGGAGAUGCGCAGUUGUAUCGUGGGUGAUUUCAUCUUGGCGACAUAUCUUAACCUAUGAGUACAGCUCAUCAAGUAGGCUUCACGUAUCAACACUACAUUUGUGCAUAUCGUUUUUCAGCUGUUUUUCAUCAGUCAUAUGUUAACCUGAAAGGGUUCUAGUCAUCACACAAGGGCCUCACCAAGGCUAAGGUGGGCCCUCUCGAACAAACUAGGGAGUUCAGUGAACAAAGAGGUAAUAGGACCAUCAUUUAUUUUCACUCGUUUUGCAGUCCACUUGGUAAAGUUGAUCUAGCAAGACUGCGAGUAACUUUACGAUAUUCAAAGCUGUGUGAAACAUAAUUUGUGACACAAAGUUAGUGAUUAAGGGUCCUUCUAAACCCCUAGUGAAAAUUGAUGUCACGUUAUCGCAUUUGUAGCAUCAGGAUAAUUUCUGCUGUGUCAGAAAAACCGUGCUGACGUAACGGAAUCGACAUCAAUCUGCGAGACACCGAAAUAUGCCAAUAAGAAUGUUUCAUGGCUUCUUCAAUACUAGACUCUCUAGCUUGUUCGAGAAACAAAUACAGGUCUUGCCGUUUGUUUUGACGGGCACUGCUUGAAGCCCUGCCCAAAACGGCUAGAGCCAUUUUGCGCCUGUAAGUUGUGCUUGUGUCUGAGAGAGUACGUAGCUCAUUGCGUGACAGAAGAUUUCUAGAUAGUUCAGAGCAUGAAGCACAGUACCUUGUCGUUCACGUAGCAUUGUAACCUCGCUACUGUGAGAGUGGCGCGAAUGAUUCUAAAACUGCCCUCCGAGGUUCUUGUUUUAUGCUAAAACUCAUGCAAUACGCUCGCUACUGCUGUUAAGAAGCGCUCCUGAUAAGUAUUGCCUUUGGGUCUAAGUAUAUACAUGUGAGUGAGUGCAUUAUGUGCCGAAUGCAUAUCCCUGCCUGCGCAGUUUUGUGCUAUCGUGUGUGGGAGUGCAACGAGCUUUUUGGAGUAUAAUGCAAAGAAGGCAGUGCAACUGCCUGCAAUAAGAAAGGAAAAGGAAUGUUAUCAAAAGUACUUUCGUAAACAAGAUCUCUCAAAAACGUGUGGGCGUUGAUAUUCUCAUCAAGUUUGUUAAAUGACCACUGUUAUAAGAGAAUGCGUUUUGUUAUUGUUGUAGCUUUUGUAAAAGCAUACUCAGUAUACGAAAUGUUGUUGUGCCCUUUAUCUCCGUGCGAGCGCAUUGUGUAGAACGCCGUUUGGUGACUGGUUUCUCCGGUAUGAAAAGAAGGGAGUAGAACACUAUGAUACGAGUGAAUAUUAGUAUCUUACCCCUAGUACUCAAGCCCAACGUUUAAGGGGAUGGUAAGUUUACCACGUAAGUGUUCGUCGUGACCUAAGCAAAUUCCUCAAAGCCUGUUUCACAUAACAGAAAGACUUUGACGUAGGCCGAUCAGCGAGCUGUUACUAGAUGUCGUUUGAUUCAGUCUGAACGAAAGUCAUCUAAAUGUGAAGUCUUGCUGUUGAAGUCCUCUUCGUGAUUUGCGUACGCAUGAUUAAACGCUUGAAUGUGCAUUCGCUGGCAGGAUGUCUCGCUGGUAGUUACGAGCCACCGGGAAUAACUGCCUCGUGUCGACUGUUGUGCCGUUCGUUCGCAUGGAGCUGCGCAAAAUCUGCCCGCGAUAGAUGUCUGUGCUUCAGCGUUGACUGAGCGGAAAGGAAAUUGACGUUACGCCUGGAGUUGUUUGUGCGCAAAAAGUGAGCGGCGGUUGUGCCUACGUUUCUAUCUUUUUUUGAGUGACGGGAUCUCUGUCUCGCAUCCAUCACCAUUGCUUACAACUUGUGUACAAUCACGAGUCAAAGUCUUUUGUCGGUAUCUCUCACGUUACGUGUGAAGGAACCUUUCAGUUGUGAAAUCGUAAUGUUUUGUUAAAUACACGGUUCAUCGAAUGAGUGGUUUCAUUUUAGGCCAUUUAGAGGUUAGAAGUUUUCCUUCGAAAUGAGCACUUGGGGGAUCCCUACCUCAUCCUGUUCCUCUUCUCACGCUCCGGGUCUUUUAGUGAAUAAACAAGCGAAUGCGUGUCGUUUUCAGAACAUUGAAGAGCUUUAUUUCCAAAAAUUCCGUGCUUGUCUGCUGCGCAGCCCUAUACCGUGAAUUUCCAAGCCCCUAAAUUGUGUGCGUGUAUUUGUGUGUAUACGAACGGCGUUGUAGCGAGUUCCGGACACGCUGCCUUUGGAGCCCUGAGUGGGCUCGCACCCUUACCGAUGCGAUGACAAUCAGUCUUCUCUGCAGAGGCGAGAAACUACGGAAAGAGAGACACGGCGAGACCUCGACAGAUAAGCAGAGCGCCGUUCAGCGCUUGCUAUUUCUUUGCUGCAGUACUGCUCGUCGUCACAGUUUGUUCAACGCGCUCCUCAACCUUGAGUGGUGAUACAGCGCUCCUUCUUCGUUAAAGUAUGCUGUAUAUUUUUUGGUGUGUCAUAGAAAUAAAUUCACCGCGAAAGCAGUA